AUACCAUCAACACACUGCACACAGCCAUGAUGGAGAGAGUGAAGUGAAGGAUUUGUCCAUCUCCGUCUGACUCCUGAUUUAGAUGGAGACAAAGGAAGAACCUGAUUGCAGUUUCCAUGGAGUGCUGAGAUACAGAAGAGAGUCUGAAUGCAGAAAAAUGAAUCCCCUGCCCCCGUCUGCUAGUGACCACACGGUCUGGUGUGAGUUUUGUGGAGCGAAAGCAAAGCCUCAGCUCGAUUUUUCAAAGACCACAAAUCCAGAGGAUUUCUGCUGCGCUCAGUACAUGGAGAUGUUCAGGAAGUUGGAGCAGCAGUGGCACUCGCUGCAUGAGAACUCUGAUGAAUCCUCGCAGGAAAACAACUCCAACACAGAGAACGUGCAGGACAACAGAGACAGAGCGAGAUCUCAAGACGUAUUGCAGCAAGUUGCAGAGGAGUGUCUGAGAAAGAGUAAAAGGCAGCCUUCAGAAAACCAGACAGAGAUCCCGGGCUGCAAAGUGACGUCAUCUGGGUUGUUCACCAUCAUCAAUUUCCGGCUGUCUGAUUUCGUGCGCUUCAAAAAGAAAGAGCAGUCGGCUGCGAGGGAGAAAAACCCCGGAGCGUUCAAGCUCUGCAGCACUAACGGUUCUGCUCGGGCUGGGUUCGGGCUCCUCCAUUUUCAGGGCCACAGCCAGAAGUUUUACUCGAACGGGACUAAAUUUCUCACCGUGUUUCCGGACGGCACGGCCCGGGUCUUCUAUCCCUCAGGAAAUCUGGCCAUUAUCUCUUUCAUAGACGACACCGAAGGGGUCUGCAUCGUUCUUGAUGAUACAAGGACAAACUGUCCAAUCAGAGCCUUCUUCCAGUCUAGUGGCCUCGCCACCUGUUACCAUAGCAACGGGAAUACAUGGUUGCACAUGGACGAGUCAGGAGGCCUGAUUCAAAACGAAGACGGCUCCACAAGGCGUAAGUGGAAAUGGACGGAGCAGACAAACAAACCGACCCCGUUUAAGCCCAUCCACGUGUCGCUCAAUAAAAACAUCGGGGUGCGAGUUCGGCGACGAGAGUCUGUGGUUGUGACUUUCUUGGCCUCGGGGCAGCAGACGCGCAUUAGCGUAGGCACACACACGAAGGCGAGCGUCCCCAUGGCGCCUCUGUGUAAAGAGGAGCUGAUGCUGCAGGUGAGCCAGCUCAGCGCCCGGCUAGCCGUCGAACGCCUGCGCUUGUGCCUCACUACACACUCCUGCACCAAGCAACGUCCUCUCAGGCUUCCCCGGGCCCUCGUCUCAGAGACACGGAGACUUCUCAGACUCAGCACCAGCAUCUGCAUGGAGGAAAAGGAGACGGCGUACAUACAGCAGUGCCUGCGUGACUGCCAGUGACCUCUGAUCUAAGGAUCAAAACUUUUAUCUUUUCUGAGACUGUAUAUAAAUGAACAACGUCGUAAUUUUACAGUAAUAGACUUAAUGAUGUGAGGCUCGAAGCAGCUGGGUCACUGUUUCCACCCCUCUGAUAUGAGCUUCGUCUUUACUGUGUGAUGCUUCUAAAACCCACAGCAGAUUAUCGACAUUCAUUAAACAGUUCAUAGUUUUUUACAUUAUAGAAGCUAUAAACAGGUAUUCGUAGUGGUGUCAUGAAUCAUGUUUUAAGCAGACAGUGAACAGGGACAGAGUCCCCUCUGGUGGAGUGGAGGAGAAACGUACUUGAUAGAAAACUUGAGUCCAUAAAUGUUAAUACUUUUCCUAAGACGUAAUCUUUUAUUGCAGACUUGCAAUAAAAUUAAAAUAAAAUUUGUAAAUCUGUUUCUCAUCUCAUGCUUGAAGAAACAUUUCAUUGUUUUUUUUUAUGCCUCAUUUUAGUCUUAUUAACUUAAUACUUUUUUCCCUGAAUACAUUUAAUCCACUUAAACAGGAAGUGGUCAUUCCUGAAAAUUUUACAAAAAGAAGAAAAGCAUAUCUUUAAUUUUUUUUUCUUGAUUUUAUGUGAUCGAUUAUUUUUGAUUGUUUUCAUUAUUAAACUAAAAGCUAGUUAACAAAGUAUUGUGUAUUUGCUAAAUCUAUGCUAAAAAACCCUCAACCCUUUUACAUAAUUAAGAGUAAAAUGAAACUCUUCAACAAAUAAACCCAUGCAAAAAAGAUUUGGAUAUUAGACUAUUAUA